CGGCGCUAGUGGCGCGCGUCGCAGCGUUUGACACAGUUAAAAUUGACAAUGACAGUUACGCCACAAACAAUAUCGAAAAUUCGAAUCAAAAAUUGUCUAAAGCGUGUUUUCUAGUACAAGUGGCGUUUUAAUGUAUUGCUUUACACAAUGCCCGCUUCGAUCGGAGUUAAUCUGCGCGUGACGGGGCACUGCCGCCAAGGGGGCCGCAAGUACAUGGAGGACUUCUUCUCGGUGGCGUACCAGCAGACGGAGGACGAGCGCGACCUGGAGUACGCCUUCUUCGGCAUCUACGACGGGCACGGGGGCGCCGAGGCGGCGGCCUUCGCCAAGGAGCACCUCAUGGAGACGAUCAUCAAGCACAAGACCUUCUGGUCGGACAACGACGAGGACGUGCUGCGGGCCAUCAAGGACGGCUAUAUCGCCACACACUACGCCAUGUGGAAGGAGCAAGAGAAGUGGCCGCGGACGGCGUCGGGGCUGCCGAGCACGGCGGGGACCACGGCUAGUGUGGCGUUCAUACGCAGGGGCAAAGUCUACAUUGGGCAUGUGGGGGAUUCGGGGAUUAUUCUAGGGUAUCAGGAGGAGGGCUCGACCGAGUGGAGGGCGAAGCCUCUGACAAGGGACCACAAGCCAGAGAAUUUGGACGAGAUGACGAGGAUUAAUCAGUGUGGCGGGAAAGUUGUCUCGAAAUCAGGCGUGCCGCGCGUGGUGUGGAACCGCCCCAAAAUGGGGCACCAGGGCCCCGUGCGUCGCUCCACCCCCAUCGACGAGAUCCCCUUCCUGGCCGUGGCGCGAAGCCUUGGCGACUUAUGGUCUUACAACUCCCAAAUCAACCAAUUCAUCGUAUCCCCCGACCCCGACUGUGCCGUCUUCACAAUCGAUACCUCGACCCACCGCUGUCUCGUCUUCGGCACCGACGGCCUCUUCAACAUGCUCAGCCCCCAGAACGCCGUGCACAUCGUCCAGCAGGCGGAACGCCAUAACGAAAACGCCGCCCUCAGCGACUCGAUCAACAAAACGUGGCUCAACCCCAGCAAGCUCCUGGUGGAGAAGGCGCUGGAGCGCUGGCACAACACCAAGAUGCGGGCCGACAACACCUCGGUGGUCACGCUCAUGCUGGACCCCCCAGGUCCCCCGAGGGCCCAAGUGCUGAAAAACCGCAAGAAAAACGCGUAUCCAGACACCGGGCUGGAGAUAAUGACGCGGUAUGAGGAGGGGGGCGUGGCGGCCACGCCCCCCGAGUCGACCAAUGGCGAGGCGGAGGCCAGUCCCGUGACCUCGAGCGACAGCUUCCCAUUGAAGGAGCGCAAUUUUGCGUCGAAGCCGCGCGAAAGCACCAGCUUUGACCCGAAGGAGGCCGAGGAUAAGGAAAAUCUCAAGGAUGAGUCGAUUCAGAUCAAUGAGAUUUCGUCGAGUUCGAGCGACUGUGACGAGAACUCGAACGAGGCGCCCAUUCAUAAUCUGAGGAGUGGGGGGAAGGGGCGUGUCGUGAAGGAGGGGCUGACCAAAGUGCGCAAGAGCAGUAGGUUAGCGCACGAGCGGAAGAAGAGUAAGUUGACGCUAGCGCAGCGCAUUCUUAGGAGUAAGAAGAUUUCGAUUAAGAAGAAAGUGCAAGUGGCGAAGAAGAGGCUGGUUAAAGCCAAGUCAAGUACAAAGAGGAGGUAUCGCGCCGCGAAAGGUGUGAAGGCGAAGCCGCCCCAGAAAUCGAUGCCAAAAAGGAGUGACGUGCAAAAGGGACGCAAUCGAAGAUUGCCGCGGAAGAAUUGAGCCAUCGGUUAUUUCGUUCUAGUUUUAAUUUUUUAAUCUAAGAUGGGAAACAUCUACGUGAUUUUUUAUACAUAAUAUAUUUUAGUUCCGUAUAUUUUUCUCAAGUGUUCACAUGAGCUUUAGGUUUGUGUUAUUGCGAAUGUGUUGUUCUUUUAGGUUUUGUCAUGGAAACACGUCUAAAACAUUUUUGUGCCUUUGUUACCAAGUGUUGGAAAAAUAAAUGUGUUAAUAAACUUAGGCGAAACAAAGAAAUGUAUAUUUAUAAUAAAUGAGGAAAUGUAUUAUUUUCGCAAUUGAAUAAAUUUAUAGUUUUA